AAGCCUUCUAACCCAUACAGAUUUCGGAAGUCUUUAUGCUGAUUAGGCAUCAUUUACCACCGCAAUUCCACCGCUCAUUACUGUGGGCUCGCUUCCAGCAUCUGUGAUACUUUCGGAAGCCAACGUUAACCCAACCAUGGAGUCCUUCGUCUAUGUAUAGACUUCUAAUUUUCAUCAUGUACAGUAUAAGGGCCUCAAACCGUGACUACAGUCUAGCUGCGAUAGCACUAGCCUGAUUCAUCCAUCAUGUCCACAAAACUCACAAUACAAACAUAGUUCAGGCCAGUGCAGAAUCCCAAGUCCAGCAUAAAACGUUCAAUUUUCUACUCCAGAUGUUUCUCAAAGUCUCUCAGCCCUUCGUGACAGUCAAUGCUGCACUACCCUCAGGAUGCAAGCUUCUUGUAACCGGAGCCAAUGACUUGGUUGCAGCCUGGGUAGUCCGAGAGCUCUUAGAGAACGGUUUCCUAGUUCGUGGCACCAUUCGUUCCGACGCCAAAGGAAUAUAUCUACGAAAGCAAUUUGCGUCCUAUGGUGAUGGACUCGAGAUUGCUGUUGUACCUGACAUCGAGAGGGUGCAUUUCACGAGACAGUCAAGGAUGUCGAUGCCAUCGAGUAUACAAUAUACAGCCUCCCCUUAUCGGUUUGAUGCAGAGAAUCCUAAAGAGUUGAUCGAUCCCGCCGUAAGGGUUACUACGAGCAUCUCACAUAGUGCAAUGAAGCAUGGUUCGGCGAGUGGUCAUCACCUCGUCUUGUGCUGCUGUACGUCGAAACCCUGGGGAAGGAUGCUCCCGAAUCAUAUGAAAUAUUCUGCUUCAAAGACUUUGGCCGAGAAAGCUGCGUGCGGAUGCUAUAACCAGAAUAAAGAGAAGUUGGAGUGGGACUUGAUCACGUUAUGCCCGCCCGCGAUACUUGCCUCAUAAUCAAUGAAACGGCGGACCUACC